AGCUGGCAGGUUGCCAUAUAUUCUACUACAUGGCGGUCUACGCCUCUGGGCUGCCAACGGAAAUGCCUGCGUUUGUGCGUGCGUGAGAGUCAAAAAAUGGUUGGUACUGGAGUUUGAAAGAGGGAAGGGUAGGUGAAUGCAGAGCUGAUCUACUUUUCCGCGUUCCCGUCGUCCGUUCACGCAGAAAGUUCGCCAGCGCCAGGUGCUUCAUUUCUGUCGCCGUUUUGGAGCUACACGAGCCUACUAUUUCCAUCUGAUUCUACUCUGAACUUGGAUCCAGAAUCCUUGGAAGCGAAUUAAACUAUACAAGAAUCCCUCCUGCGUUCUCCUGAAACCGCUUGUCCUAUAGUCGCGAUGGCGAUGCCAAUCUCCACAAGACAGUUGCCGCGGACUGCUUUGCUGUCGAACGGUGGAAGUAAUAAAGGGCGUCCAAGAUUGGAUGCAGUUAAAAUGACAUGUUUUGCUAAUAAGCAAACUACUGCUGCCAUGCCUUUAUCAUCUAAUUUGGAGGAGGCCAAAAGAAAUGAGCCUGUAGUCAAAAUGUGUGGCAUUGCAUCUGCCAGGGAUGCCGAAACGGCUGCAAAUGCUGGAGCUAAACUUAUUGGGAUGAUUCUUUGGCCCAACUCCAAACGCUCUGUCCCAUUAUCAGAAGCCAAAGAGAUAUCCAGAGUAGCGAGAUCUUAUGGGGCCGAACCAGUUGGUGUGUUUGUGGACGAUGAUGAAGAGACCAUCUUAAGAGCGUCUGAUUCAUGCGACCUCGAACUUAUCCAGCUUCAUGGAGAUAGCUCUCGAGAACUACUUCCUGUGCUUUGGAAGAAUAACCGAAUCAUAUAUGUCCUAAAUGCUAACGAGGAUGGCAAACUUAUCAAUGCUCCUCCAAACGAAGGAUAUGUCCUCGACUGGUUUUUAGUGGACAGUGCAAAGGGUGGCAGUGGCAAAGGUUUCAAUUGGGACAAAUUUCAAAUGCCUUCCGUCAAUAGCACGAAUGGCUGGUUAUUAGCAGGAGGCCUUCAUGCGGAUAAUGUUUGUGAAGCCGCUUCUGCUCUAAAACCAAAUGGCCUUGAUGUUAGCAGCGGAAUAUGUUAUCCCGACGGUCUACGGAAAGACCCAAAGAGAAUAUAUUCCUUCAUGAGCCGUGUAAAAAGUAUGAGUUUCUGAUGAAUUGACAAAUAUUGUAUCUGCGUUACUCUAUGGUUGAAGUCUCUUGGUACGGUAUGUGAUAAUUAAAUAAAUUACCACUAGAGGUAAGCUGUCCUGGGUGUUGGCAGUGAUGGUCUUUGGCAUCAACCUGUUAAAAUACUGCCUGAAAUUCAUAAUUUUCUAUGUUUGAUCAGCUA